AUGGUACUUACAUCACGAAAGUUGUUAAGACAUCCACAUUUGACCUGCGUCGGGAAUUAUAUUUUAUUUGGCCCGAUAGUCGACGAUAUUGUUCGAGCUAAAAACGUCCUGACAGAUCGAGGCUUCCUUUGCAAGAUGUUACAUACCACUCAAUAUCUGAAGACUUUGGCAGUUCACUUUCAUCUCCCAGCUCACCACAAUCUGAACCAAGUGGCUGACAUUGUUCCCUCAGACACGCUUGCAUAUGUCUUCUUUGAGCAAAACUAUGGUGACCUUCAUACAUAUGUGAGGACCUUACAAAAAGUACAAGAGGAUGAGGCUGCUAGACUCUUCAAACAAAUAGUGUCUGUCGUGGCCCAUUGCCAUGAUAAUGGCGUGAUCUUACAAGACCUUAAACUAAAGAAAUUUGUCUUUUGUGAUGUGGAGCGAACCAUUUUGAAGUUGGACAGUUUUGAGGAUGCUCAUAUCAUGGGAAAAAAUGAUGACUUUGUCUCAGGUAAACAUGGCUGCCCUGCCUACACUUGUCCAGAGUCCCUGCAGGCAGAUGGAAUGUACUCUGGAAAAGCUUCCAAUGUGUGGAGCCUUGGAAUCAUGCUUUACACUGUGCUGAUUGGACACUAUCCUUUUAAUGACACAGCCCUUGGCAUACUCUUCAGUAAAAUUCAACAGUGUAAGUUUAGUCUCCCAAACACAGUUUCACCUGAGGCUGCAUGUCUCAUCCGGAGUGUUCUUAGAUUAGAUCCUUUGGAACGUCUCACGGCCAAGGAAAUCCUGGACCAUCCCUGGUUUUACUCUGCUAGAGAUGGUGAAAAUCUGGGAGGAAGUCCAUCCUGUAAAAAAAACUUUGAUCAGGUGGUGCCAGACCCAUUUAGAUGA